CUUUUCUAUAUUAUACCGUCUGCAUCCUUUCCUCUCGUACGAAUAAUCCGUCUCAUUCAUUUCUCGGUUUAAAAUCAGCAAUCCAUCCAGGCCGAAUUCAUCCUCCUCGUUACCUCCGUUACCCCCGUUACCAUCUCAAACAUCACAACAAUAACAAACAAGGUACGUACCUUUCCUUUCUUUCAUAAACCACGGUAUAAGAAAUCACAUCUUUCCUCUAUAAUCCACGAAAAAAUCCCCCUCUCACAUUGAAAACACAUAAAAGACAGUGGAGGACAAGACAGACAACAAAAUGUCCACUCCCAUCAAAGUCGCCGUCUUCAGCACAAAACCCUACGACAAACACUACCUCCAAGCCGCCUGCCCGCCCGAAUCCAAUAUCCAACUCACCUUCCACCCCGUCCCCCUCACCCCCGAAACCGCCUCCCUCGUAACCAAAGCCUCCGCCGACGCCGUCUGCGUCUUCGUCAACGACCACCUCCCCUCCCCCGUCCUCUCCCACCUCGCCUCCUCCGGCGUCCGCGCCAUCCUCCUCCGCUGCGCCGGCUCCAACAACGUCGACCUCCCCGCCGCCCAAGCCCUGGGCCUCUCCGUCGCCAACGUCCCCGCCUACAGCCCGGAAGCCGUCGCCGAGUUCGCCGUCGCCCUCCUGCAGACCCUCAACCGCCAAACCCACCGCGCCCACGCCCGCGUCAGGGAGGGCAACUUCUCCCUCGACGGCCUCAUGGGCCGCACCCUGCGCGGCAAGACCGUCGGCCUCAUCGGCACCGGCCGCAUCGGCGUCGCCUUCGCCCGCAUCAUGUCCGCCGGCUUCGGCUGCCGCGUCCUCGCCCACGACCCCUUCCGCAACCCCGCCUUCGAACCCUACGGCUCGUACGUCGACGACCUGGCCGCGCUCCUCCCGCAGUGCGACGUCCUGAGCCUCCACUGCCCGCUCACCGAGUCGACGAAACACGUCAUCAACGCCGACACCCUGGCCCUCCUCCCCGACCGCGCCAUCCUCGUCAACACCUCCCGCGGCGGCCUCGUCGACACGAAAGCCCUCAUCCACGCCCUGAAGGCCCGCAAGCUCGCCGGCGUGGCCCUCGACGUCUACGAAGGGGAGGGGUCCCUCUUCUACGACGACCAUAGCGGGGAGAUCAUCCAAGACGACGUCCUCAUGCGGCUCCUGACCUUCCCCAACGUCAUUGUCUGCGGUCACCAGGCCUUCUUCGCAGAGGAGGCUCUCCGCGAGAUUGCCGAUUGCACGGUUCGCAAUCUCCAGGAUAUUAUGGCGAGACGUCCUUGCGAGAAUGCCCUCGUUUCCCCCGACUCUUCGCAGGGGGGGGAAGAGAACCGCCGAUCAGAGGUCAAGCGCAUAAGGAGCGACUCUCUUCCCGUGAGGACAGUAUAA